AUGGCUGCUAAUGCUUCUACACUUCUUCUCGCCCUGAUUAUCCUCGCGACUAUCUUGCCGGUAGCGCUCACCACAGAGGACCAAGCGAGAGAUGACGACAGUCCUCAGCUUCCCGAUAUUCCGGACGGCGAUGACGGUGACAUUGUGAAUUUGAGCGAGGCGUCGUUUAACGAGGCACUGAGGCAGCACGAGUACGUUCUCGCGUUGCUGUACAACAGCUCGUGCCCGCGAUGCAAGAACUACAUGGUCCAGCUGCGCGAAGCGGCGGAGGCCCUGAAGGAGGCGGGCGGGGGGGUGUUGGUGGGCAAGGUGGACGCGCUGAAGCACGCGGGGGUGCUAGAGAAGGCGGUGGCGGAGGGCGCUGGGGACGACGGUGAGCCGCCGCUGUUCGUGUGGGCGGAGAAGGGCCGCCUGCAGCCGUGCGACGAGUUCCACAGCGAGGACGUGGUGGCGUGGGUGACGCGGAAGAGCGGGCGCAGCGUGGCCGUGCUGGAGCCUGCAUCGCCCUCCGACCUGCCCUCUCUCGACUCGCUGCUCGACGACUCCGUCACUGCACUCGCCCUUGCCCUCGUGCAUGACACUCAGGGCGCGGCAGCAGCGGAGUUCAGAGGCGCAUCGAAGGACGUGGAGGGCGUGCGGUUCGCGCUCACCACGCACGCUGCAGUGGCCGCCGCGCUGGGCUGGCAGGGCGACGCUGCUGCUGCUCUGGCGAGCACAGGCGCGGAGGGGGGCGUGGUGGUCGUGCUCAAGAGUAGAACCGACACCUUCCUGCAGUUCGUGUAUGUGCGUGUGGUGCAGUGUAGUGCGUGCGGUGCAGUGUAUGUGCGUGUGGUGCAGUGUAGUGCGUGCGGUGCAGUGUAUGAGCGUGCGGUGCAGU